AGGCGGUCCCGUCCUGAGCCGGAGGGCGGGGUGCGCGGGCACCACAGUUACUUGGGGACGCGCCCUGGUUCGCCGCACUUCCAGCCACUCCACUUGCAGAGCAGUCCUCCGGCCCAGCUCUGGGCUGAAAAUGCCGGCCCUUCACAUCGAAGAUUUGCCAGAAAAGGAAAAGCUGAAGAUGGAAGUUGAGCAACUGCGCAAAGAAGUGAAAUUGCAGAGGCAACAGGUGUCUAAAUGUUCCGAAGAAAUAAAGAACUAUAUUGAAGAACGUUCUGGAGAGGAUCCUCUUGUGAAAGGAAUUCCAGAAGACAAGAAUCCUUUUAAAGAGAAAGGCAGCUGUAUUAUUUCAUAAAUAACUGGAGAGAAAUUUCAUCCUGAGUAGAAGAACUAGCUUGUUUUGGUUUUCUGAAAUAAAACCAAAAUUCUUUUCAAAGAAAGAAAAACAAAAUUUAAAGACUUUCUUAAACACUUCUAUUGAUAUGAUUAUGUAUAAAAACUGUUUCUCAUCUUUGCUAACUACACACCCUUUUCAAGAGGGCAGAGAGUAUCAAACAUACAAUUAUGGAAAUAAGGACAUUACUUGUGCGUGACUCACCUCUUUUCAGUGUAUUGCUUGAUGCCUUAAAUAAAGUUUUUAUCUCUGGAAA